UCCUCCUCCUCCUCCCAUGGCGAUUGUCAUGUGAUAGCAAAGAAGUGGCACAUUAAUGAAGCACCGCGCCGGGGGUCUUUUCUGCUCAUGUCACCACAUAAAACUAUCAGAUGGUUCGAGGAAGGCCAUGGAGGCAGGCACUUAGCUCACCUUAUCAAGAAAGAAGAGAGAGGGUAUCUCGUCUAUUCGUCUGACUCGGCAACAGGAAGCUGCUCGCCAUUUGCUUAUAGGCUAAAGCUUACCUACAACUCGUCUAAAGGGGCAGACUUGUUUUUUUAUACGAGCUACAGCAGUGCAGCUUCACAUCAACAGCGAAUGCUGCAGCAUCGGACUCCCAACUUUCAGCGCUCUGAAACUUGGACAAGCGACAACCGGUAAACUGCUCCUUUUCUGUUGUUUUAUGCUCUUCCAUCGCUUUGAGAUUUGUUAAUUUCGACACUCAGACCUAAUUAGUUCGUUCUCUGAAAAAAAAAAACAAAACAAAACAAAAAAACAAGAGGAUGCCUCGCCCGGGCAGAAACACUUACAGCGACCAAAAACCUCCCUAUUCGUACAUCUCUCUCACGGCCAUGGCGAUCCAGAGCUGCCCCGAGAAGAUGCUGCCCCUUAGUGAGAUCUACAAAUUCAUCAUGGACCGCUUCCCCUACUACCGCGAGAAUACACAGCGAUGGCAGAACUCACUGAGGCACAACCUGUCCUUCAACGACUGUUUCAUCAAGAUCCCGCGGCGGCCGGAUCAGCCGGGCAAGGGCAGCUUCUGGGCGCUGCACCCGAACUGCGGUGACAUGUUUGAGAACGGCAGCUUUCUUCGGCGCCGCAAGCGCUUUAAGGUGCUCAUGUCGGACCCGUUAGCACCGAGCAAGCCGUCGGAAGCUGCACAUUACCUGCAGCAGCAGCAUGCCAAGCUGCGUCUGAGCGCGCUGGCCGCCACUGGAGCGCACCUGCCACAUGUGCCCGCCUACAACCUGACCACACCUCCGCCGUCCACCUUCAAACACCCGUUCGCCAUUGAGAACAUCAUCGCGCGCGACUAUAAGGUGCCGGGCGGCCUGGCCUUUUCCACUAUGCCCUCCAUGUCUGCCGGUUACCCUUUACCCGGUCAGCUCGCCACAGCCUGGCCGCACAUGUAUGGCGCGGGAGCUCUUGAAAGCGCUGCGCCCAUUACCGUGGCAAGCGAUUACGGCGCAUACGGCGUGCCUAUCAAGUCGCUGUGCCAUGGAGCGCAGAGUUUGCCCGCCGUGCCGGUGCCCAUCAAGCCGAUGCCCCCGCACCUGCCCGCGUUUCUCUCGAACUCUCCACAGUCUCUAAGCCCCACAUCCCCUCACACGGCAACCGGCCAAAGCAGUCCGGCCAACCCGAGCGACACGCUGAGCGGCCCGGCUACUCUGCAGUCAGUCGCCGUGCACUGACGCGGGCCAAAGUUGACGGAAAUUUUCCGGGACACGGAACUGGAGGCCUGUAGACAGCUUCACGGCUACGUCCGAAACCUCACACUACUGUACUAAAUACAGAAUAGUGCGUCACCUGAGGUUUCAUAUAAGUUUAUUACAUUUAUAUAAUUGAGUCUUGGAUUUGAUGCCGUUUUCACAACUCCUAAUCUAAAUCUACUGUCCCCAGUCUAUAUGAACACAGAAGGUUUUAGUUCACAUGAAAGCACAACUUUACAAACACGCAAAGUUGUGGUUGGCAUGGUGGGGUUUUCUGGGUUUUGCAUUUAUCGCUUUUACGCACCAGAUAAUCCUGUAGCUUACUAUAACAGGCGUACUGCUUUUGCCAUAUCGCAUUUAGUACGGCAAUUUGCGGUGGAGGACGUAGCCAAAUACCUUCUCCAAAGUUUAAUUUUUAAUCUAGCCCUUGAAAAAAUUUACCACAAUGUUAGCCUACCGUUAUACAAUCAAGGCAAGAGCUAUAUCUGUGUUACAGUGAUGUUAAUUUAUGUGUACGUGUUUUGUAUGUUGCUUUAAAUAGUUUUCGUCUGACUACACCAACGGAGUACAGAUAGAGGCUUUUUUUCCGUCAAGAAAAAAAAAGAUUUUAACUCUGACAUCUUUUCUAAUUGGAAGAACGUUGGCUAAAAAUCUAAUAAUAAUGCUGUCUUUCUAAUAUCAUAAUUUUAGUGUUAAUAAGGUGAUUAGUCAGGACAGACAGUUGAACUGACUUUGGUUUAUACAUUUCCAUCUGGUGUGAGCACCUUUGGCAAACUUUGCAACAAACUUUUAAAAUCUUAUUGAGUCUGUUAAAUUAGUGCAGACGAAGAUUUACCUGAAAUGCUCUUCGGUAAAACUGUACCACUAAACAACAAAAUUACCAACAAAACUUUUUAUUUUUCAUACAAAACUAUAUCAUCGUUAGAUUUUACAUAUGGGUCUGCACAUAUUGAAAACUUGAAAACUACAUUUAAAGGUGAGGUAAAGGCGUAUAUAUGUGAAUAAUUGCAAAUAAGUGAUAUAAAUUUGUGUUAAAUGAUGCACUUUUUAGUUCGAUGUUUUAGAUGAUCUCUAUUUUACCGGAGAUGUUUUGUGGAGCAUUUAAUUUAAAGCCGUGAUGACCAUGUGUAUUAAAUGCCGUAAAUUUGUAAACUUUUUUUUUUUUAUGUUCAGAUGUAAAGCAUGCAUUUUCGAAACUUUGUGUUGUUUUGCUGCAAGCAUGCGAGCUUUUAAAAAAGUGUGCAAAAACGUCUGCAUUAAAUUAUAAACUUGGUCAUCAGAAUAUUUUUUCAUUAAAAUGAUACAAAC